CAACACAUCAUACGUGCAUACACAUAUGCACGUAGCAUACAUACAUAUGUAUAUAUAUGCAUAGGAAUGUAAGGUUGCCUUUCGUAUCCUCACCUCACAACCUUUCACUUUUCCUCUGUAUCCUGCAUUGAUGGUAAGAGAUGAUGAUUUUAAUAGUUUUUAUAAAAACAUUGGAAUAUUUUUAAUUUCCUUAGUUGUGUCUUAUUGAUAGACGGCUACACAAAUCGAUAAUAACAUUGCGCUUUAAGAACAAGGUUACGAUCUUGGUAUUUGAUUGAAGCUAUAUAGGAAAAUAAACAUGAUUUUUCACGGUCGGUGUACGUUUGUCCAAACAAAAUAUGUUAGAGAAGAAAAGGAGAACUACAAGAGGCUGGAAGGGCGAGAGGGGCCGAUAAGAGAAAUCAAGUCAAACGUGCUACGUGGAAUCGUAAAAGUGAAGGUGCACUUCACUCUACCUGAGUUGGGUUAGGUUUCUUUAACUGGGCGUAACCGAGAACGUUAUAAUGGAAUCUCUUCGAACGAAACUGGCCGAGUAUGGCCAAGAACACUUACUCAAAUUCUGGGAUCAACUGUCAGAUAAAGAGAAAGAUUAUCUUUAUCAGGACAUCUCCAAGUUGGACCUUAUGGAAGUGACAUCAUAUUUUCAAAAGGCAAUGUAUGCUUCAUCUUGCAUGCUUAAAAAUACCUUGGAUGAUAAAGUAUCUCCUAUACCUAAAGAGAGUAUCGCGUCAAUCAAAUCUACCAAUAAGAAGCAGCUCAAAGCAUACGAGAAAUUAGGAUUACAAGAGAUAGCUAAUAGUCGUGUAGGUGUAUUACUUAUGGCUGGUGGCCAAGGUACUCGAUUAGGAGUAUCUUAUCCUAAAGGCAUGUACAAUGUUGGAUUACCCUCAGGAAAAACUUUGUUUCAACUACAAGCUGAAAGAAUACUUUGUUUACAAAAUAUAGCAGAAAAAGAAUGUGGAAAGAGAGGAGAGAUAACCUGGUACAUAUUAACCAGUGAAGCUACUCAUGAUACAACUCUUAAUUUUUUAUGUAAGCAUAAUUAUUUUGGUUUAAAAGAGGUAAAUGUUAGAGCUUUCAAGCAGGGUAUGUUGCCGUGUUUUACAUUUGAUGGAAAAAUCAUUUUGGACGAAAAAUAUAAAGUUUCCAAGGCACCGGAUGGAAAUGGAGGUUUAUAUAGAGCUCUAACAGUAGAAGGAAUAUUGGAUGAUAUGGCACGACGUGGAAUCCAUAGUGUGCACGUUCAUUCAGUUGAUAACAUUUUGAUAAAAGUAGCAGAUCCUAUUUUUUUAGGAUACUGUCUAUCUUCGUCAACCGAUUGUGGAGUUAAAGUUAUAGAAAAAUCUUCACCGAAUGAAUCGGUUGGAGUUGUGUGUAAAGUUGAUGGUAUCUAUCAAGUCGUUGAAUACAGUGAAAUUUCAAAAGAGACAGCUGAAUUACGUUAUAACGAUGGACAACUAGUAUACAAUGCUGCAAAUAUAUGUAAUCAUUAUUUCACUGUAGACUUUUUACGUGCAGUUGCUAAUACUUAUGAACAGGAAAUGGAUCUUCAUAUUGCUAAGAAAAAAAUCCCAUACGUGGACGAUGAUGGGAAUAGAGAUUUACCUACAUCUCCAAACGGUAUUAAAAUUGAAAAAUUUGUAUUUGAUGUGUUCAAAUUUGCAAAACAACUAGCGGUCUGGGAGGGAAUUCGCGAAGAAGAUUUUAGCCCUCUUAAAAACGCCGAUUCUGCUGGUCAAGAUUGUCCGAGCACUGCACGUAACGAUGUGCUUAAGCUACACAAAAAAUGGUUAUUAAAUGCUGGAGCAUCAAAUGUGAUAAACGACGUAGAGGUAUCUCCUCUAUUGUCGUAUGCAGGAGAGAACUUGAAUCAUCUAAAAGGACAAUCGUUUGAAGGUCCUUAUGUAGUGGAAUAAUUCAAUCGCGUUAACAUAUUUUUAGACAUUAUCACGUAAUGAGAUUAUUUUCAUACUUGUCAAUAUAGUCUUAAAAUUAUCGUAAAAA